AUGAAAGCCUUAACUUCACCAGCGUCCCCCGGACAGAGGAGUAUGAGGAGGGUGUCUAAACCUGUCAUGGAGAAACGCAGACGGGAGCGGAUCAACCACAGUCUGGAGUCACUGAGGCUUCUGAUGCUGGAGCAAACCCACGACGAGAAACUGAAGAAUCCGAAGGUGGAGAAAGCGGAGAUCCUAGAAAGUGUGGUCCACUUCCUAAAGACGGAGAAGGACAUAGAGAAGGGUCACCGCGCCACCGGAAGAGUGUCCAAAGAGCAGAGACCAACCUACGCUCGCCAGCACAACUACCAGGAGGGCAUGACGUCCUGCCUGCUGAGGAUCAGUCACUUCAUAGCCAGCAAGAGCCAGCAACCGGAGGAGGGAGACGGGCAAACUUCACUCUCUGACCCCCAGACGAGCCCCUCCACUCCCGGGCGCCUCCACCACAGCGCGCUGGUACCCGCCGGUGACUCCGCUGCUCUGUCUCCUCAGCAUCCACCCCUCCAUCAGCGCCAGCACGGAGUCACCCACCCGUACCUCACCCAAAGGACCAACCUGUGUGACACCAGGAAGCUGCUGUCCUCCACAUCAGCCUGCACGAACAUCAGUGAUCCUGUGUGGAGACCCUGGCCGCAGUGA